AUGGUAGAGAAGGUGCUUGCAGCUGGGCCCUUGACGUCGAGACCAGGAAAUGCUCGACGCGGGACAUGCGGGUCGACGCGGAGAUGCCGUCGCAGGCUCGCUCUGAGAGGGUCGAGGCCUGGGGCGUGUCGAUCGGGCCGCUUCAAGUUGGGCCUGGGUUUGGAUCGAGGUGGUGUUCCUGGGGCCGUCGUUCGACAUCAGGUAGCGACUGGGGGCAGCGGCUCCAGGUGCCUGACAUGUGUCCGGACGUGUGGGACAUGGCUGGUUCGGUGUAGUGCGAACGCGCGGUACCGACUGGAAGUAGUGGUGGCAGCCCUUCUUUGCAUUUGUGCUGGUGCUUGUGCUGGCUGGGCUGAGCGUGACUGA